AUGAAAUACCAACCAAUUUAUACCGGCAUUUAUACAUAUUCUUAUCUUCUGGAAAUCAAUGUCUUAAACAUAGUUGUAGGACACGAAAUGAUCAAAUGUUUAGACGGAGAAGAGGGAUAUGAGUGUAAACAAUGCGGGGAUAGUUCCUUUCAACCUAACAGCAACAGAUUGGGUGAUAAAUGUCGUUUAAGGAAAUCUUGCAGUGGGCCAUACCAAGAUUUUGCUGAUUAUGGCAGUACAGUUGCUGAUGCCCAUUGUAAAUGUACGGAUGGCUACCAUUUUGAAAACGAAGAUCAGAGAGCAUGCGUACCAAACAGGGUUUGUGGGAAGGGUUAUGGCCAAGGAACUUACGGUGUUUGCGAAUUCUGUUUAACUAAACAGAUGUAUUCUGAUACAGAGGGUAGAGUACAGAGAUGCAAACCUUUAACUAAUUGUGAGAAAAAUAAUAGAUGUGUCGUCAAGAAAAGUAACGGUACAUUUGAUAAUGUUUGUGGUCCUGUUGUUAAAGAUACCAAUGAUUGUAGUAGCGUUGUAAAAGGUCCAGAAGACAGUGGUGUUAGUGGUAGUUUAGCUCUGAUUCUAGGAGCAUCUUUUGCUGUUUUUGUUAUCAUUGCCAUCGUAGUCGUUUUAAUCCUUUGUUUAUUGAGACGACGAAAGCAAAGAAGGAGAGGUCAAAAACCUCUUACAAGUGAACAUUUGGAAAUGUUAAAAGCUCGGCUUUUAGAACAAUGUGAAAAGGACGAUGCACUUUGUAAAAAAACCAUUUCUACAUCAUUCCGAGUUAUUGAAGAUAGAAUUGAUCGGCAAAUCUGGACUUUGCCUCAAGAAUUGUUUAGAUCACAUUAUCAACCUGGACGUUAUGAGAUUUUAGUUGAAAAAUACAAAGAGAGUCAAGAAAAAUAUGCUGUAAAUGGUUAUUUGAGAGAAUGGAGGGAGUGGAAAGGUUGUAAUCAAGAAUCAGUCACAGAACUAUUUCAUUGUUUGGGACAGUGCAAAAGAGAUGACAUUAUUUAUGAAAUUUGUAAUAAAUUAAGAGAUGACAUAGAUAUAACAUUUGACGAAGAGGCAGGUAUAGAUGCUAAUAAUCCUAGUAAUAGAGCGAAAAAUUCCUUUAUGUCUGACAUAGUAGACAUCUUCUUUCCCUGCCUUAAAUCACCUUCUAAAGAUACUAAAAAUAGAAAGGCAGAGGGCGGCGAAACAACAGACAAACUUUUAGAAAUGAAAUCAUGUACACCACCAGACGUUGAUGUUAAAAGUGCUGGUAAUCUAUACAGAGAACGAGCUCAUCCAAGUGCCCCAGUUUUCUCAGACGAUAGCAAUUCGGUUGUUGACCCCCAACUACAAGGAUAUGAUAGGCAAUUUUCUUGUCCUGUUCAGUGUACAACAUGAUUUGUGAACUGUUCGCCAUUUCUUUUUUACAAAACAUGUUUUAUGAUAAAAACUCUUUGUGAAUGGAUAUUCCUCUGGGAAACAAACAUUAUGUGAAACGGUUAAAUCGUUUUGGCAUAAUAAGGUAUUAACGAAUCUGUAUUUGUUGGUGAUAAGUGUGAUGGCAUGCCAGUGUUUGCUGGGGAAAUUGGCGGUUUUAUUGAGAGAAUUCAACUUGCCAUGGAAAACACAGCUGUAAAGGAAUCUUGGCUUCAGAUAAUUUACCAUCGACAAAACGACAAUGGCAUUGCUUGCUUUGUAUUAAGAAAGUGUGUACAUCAUACUGAUAUUGGCGCUAACGAGUAACACAGUGUUAUGGUGUGUCGAGAUACAAAUAGUGCUAAAUUCCAUGGAUACACCUCUACAAAAUGUGAACUUAAUUAUUAUUAAAACACAUCUCUAUCCAUUACCAGCGAACAAGUCUUUCUUAUUCAAACAGAAGUUAUGAAAUAUAUCAAGUUGGAUAUACCUUUUAAACAAAGUACUUGCCACUUAUCAUGGUAUUGUGAAAGUUGUAUAUAUCAUUUAAUCAUGCGACUUCAAAAGUCGUCAUCUAUGUUAUUCAUGAACGAGUUUUAAUAUUAUAAUGCGGAAUAUGUUUUAUUAAGUAUUAAAAGUGCAACGUGUAGAUUUCUGUAGCUGUUUACCCUACCUGUUCCUACUCGACGUAUAUGUCUGAAAGAUGCAGCAGAUGCAGCCAUGUAACUGUUAGUGCACAGCGCUUGAAAUCUCAUCUUUAUGCUCCUUUAAUCUUUAUUUCAUUAUAUACUAUGUAUGUAUGACGAUUUCGUGUAUAGAAAAACGAUCUUCAGGCUAUUUUAGACCUGCAUGUAAACUGCACAAUAAGGAAUGUAGAAAAGAUUGAAACAGUAAAUUUUUAUUUUCAAUAGUACACUUAGGUUUUGUUUUUGAAUUUAUUUUUCUUAAAGGUAUAUAAGCAUCAUUAACUGUUGUUACAUUGCUAUAAUAUUAAUUCGCUUCAUUGUAAUAUCAAAGUUGCUUUGUCAUCCUUAGCAUGACAUUUUCUUUUUGUGUUCUCAUUUAUGAUUUCCUUAUCAUUAUCAUAAUUAUGUAUUCUACAAGGUAAACUUACGGUUACCACGCAUUUCUUGAUAAACAAGACUACUUUUCAAAUAAUCGUUCGAAAUUGACAUCACCCUCUUAUGUGAAUAAUAGGCCUAAUGUCAUGAUUAAUUCCAUAAUUUUUUUUUUUAAAUUAUAAUAAACUCAGUAAAGGGGACCUCACACCAGUUGCCUGUGUUGCGAAUAAGAACAAAGGUCAUAAGUACCUGAUUUGUGAGUUCGGUACUCAAAACCGCUUUUAGUAUUCGCAACCAUACACAACUGGUAAUCGCUAUGGUGUGAGGGUACCUUAAGGCUACCCUAAAACAUUUCUAGGAAAAAUCUAUUUACAAAUUUUCUCUGGCUUCCAGAAGUCAUUUGACAUGUUAGGUUUUUUCUAUCACGACAAUUUUCUUUGCUCAGCGACUUGCUGUGACCAUUUUGGUAUAACCAAGUCCACAUUUCGUCUUGUUUGAAAAAGAACUGUGGUUAAGCUGCAUGUAAACGUUCCGGAAAACGUAUGAGAAACUGUAAAAUAAAAAUUAAAAUCUGGUUCUAUGAUGUUAUUCUAACUAUCUUGUGCAAUGAAUAGUAAGAUUAAUAUCGAACGCAUUUCAAUAAUUGUCGUCUAAAACGUUUACAAAUGUUAUGAAAAUCUGUAUUGUGAAAUUUUUUCAUCUUUUUUUGGAUAUAAAUGAAAUAUAUUAUUUUUGUGUAUAUGAAAUUCGGUUUAUUUUUGUUGAUGAAAGUGAUUAUUAUUGUAUCCAUUCUGUUUAUUUCAUAUUUCGGUCUUGUAAUAAACAAAUAUUUUCUAUUU